GUGCGCGGCCUCACUGUGUGUCACCUUGCUGGAUUCUGUACUUCGGUGUUGCAGUGGAAAAGCAAGGGACACUGCAAACAGUAAAAAGUGUCCUAGCUUGGAACCCUAAAACACCAUAGCCAUGGCUACUCCAGCGCCGAAAACGUCUCCCAAAUCCAUAAAGUUCCUGUUCGGCGGUUUGGCUGGAAUGGGGGCCACGGUGUUUGUCCAGCCACUGGAUCUGGUGAAGAACAGAAUGCAGCUGGCUGGACAGGGUUCCAAAGCUCGCGAGUACAAGACCAGUUUCCAUGCCCUGGUCAGCAUCCUGAAGAAUGAAGGCGUCGGGGGAAUCUACACAGGUCUGUCCGCUGGUCUGCUUAGGCAAGCCACAUACACCACCACCAGGUUAGGUAUCUACACGGUGCUCUUCGAGCGCAUGACCAAACCUGACGGCACCCCACCCAACUUCCUCAUGAAGGCCCUGAUCGGCAUGACCGCCGGGGCCACCGGGGCCUUCGUGGGCACCCCCGCAGAGGUGGCACUCAUCCGCAUGACCGCCGAUGGCCGUCUGCCCCCAGAUCAGAGGAGGGGAUAUAGCAACGUCUUCAAUGCUCUCGUCAGGAUCAGCCGUGAGGAGGGGGUUACAACACUCUGGAGGGGGUGUAUACCAACCAUGGCCCGUGCUGUGGUUGUGAAUGCCGCUCAGCUCGCCUCCUAUUCCCAGUCCAAGCAGGCCCUGCUGGAUUCAGGGUAUUUUGGAGAUAACAUCCUUUGCCAUUUCUGUGCCAGUAUGAUCAGUGGGCUCGUCACCACCGCUGCCUCCAUGCCUGUAGACAUUGUCAAGACAAGGAUCCAAAACAUGAGAAUGAUUGAUGGCAAGCCAGAGUACAAAAACGGUCUGGAUGUGCUGGCGACCGUCAUCCGUAAAGAGGGCUUCUUCAGCCUGUGGAAGGGCUUCACGCCGUACUACGCUCGCCUGGGCCCGCACACAGUCCUCACCUUCAUCUUCCUGGAACAGAUGAACAAAUAUUACAAGAUCUACUUCCUCGACUCAUAGACAGAGUUGUAAAUGUGAAUGGUUGUGGGGGGGGACACACCACAGAGGAGCACAAUCCCAAUUCUGAGGGGGGCUUUAGGUGGAUGUGUUGCCCACUCACUCGUUUGACACCUCAUUGAUGCAUUAGUAAGCUGAACUUGUUUGAACCUUGGUUUACCUAAAAAGUUCCUGUCAUCUUCAGUUUUGAGGAUAGAUAGGUUGGAAAAGGACCCUCACCUUCCAUCUAUGGGUUGUGCACCACUGCAAUGUAGACUCACUCUAACACUUGGCUUCAUUUCCACAAAAGUUUAUUUUUUACCAUACAAACCAUCACAUUUCUGGUGAGGCUUGCUACAAGCCACAAAAAUUCAAUUCCAACUGACGUCUAUAGAUCAAUUUCAGACACACAUCCUUUUUCAUUAAGCUUCAUCUCACCUUUGCUUGUCUCUUAAAGGAACAUCACAACAUCUGUAUUAGAUGGGUUGCUUAUCAGUGAACAUGUACAGACUAAAUCCUUAAAACAAACGGCUAUGAAAAGAACCCUCUUAAACGCACACUUAACACACAGGAGCACUGAGCACUCAUUGCUUUUAUUUAAUUUUAUUCAACCACAAUGAUUAACGUACAUGGUGGUUCUUGCCAAGUGUCUUUGCUUUGUCUAAAUCGUAAGCUAUUUGUACCUGUUCUUUACACACCACAGGGAAAGACUGACAACUCGUGUUUUCUCUUCCUGUGUGUGGGUGUGUGUAGUAUUGUUGGCAGCAAAUGUAAUUUCAGUCAUCUCCAACAUCAUAACGUCUCCAUUUGCUGUUUCAUUUAUUGUUUCCUCUUAGGUCACGGCCAACACAACUUCUCGGAAAUAAAACAUGCCAUUUUAUUUUCA